AUGUCGUUCCUUCGGUAUGGUGCCUGGCUACGCCAAGCGCACGGGGUGAAACCGCAGGAUAUUGUGGCCAUGGACUUUGAGAACUCCGAUAUCUUUGUUUUUCUGUGGAUGGGGAUCUGGUCGAUUGGCGCAAAGCCCGCCUUUAUGAAUUACAACCUCUCCGGCCCGACUUUAACACACUGCGUCAAGACUUCGAACGCAUCUCUAUUGCUGGUUGACCCAAAUGUUGCUUCUAAUGUGACUGAUGAUGUGAGGAAGGACCUCAGUCAUGUACGCAUUGUGGAACUUAACCCCGGUUUGGAGCGCGAGAUUUUGAGCACUGAACCCCAGAGACGUCCGGAUUCAGAGAGGACUGAGGAGUUUGGACACGGCCUCGCUAUCUUGAUUUAUACCUCUGGCACUACUGGAAUGCCGAAACCUGCUAUUGCGAUGCCUCUCUACCACAGCUCAGCCGCCAUUCUGGGUCUCCUAAAUACUCUUGAAGCAGGAAAGACGAUUGCAAUUGGUAGAAAGUUCUCCGCCACUCGAUUCUGGGACGAUGUUCGAGCAGCCGAUGCUUCAAUUAUCCAAUAUGUGGGUGAAAUGUGUCGCUAUUUGCUCAAGGCUCCUGUCCAGACUGAAAAAGACACUGGGGAAAACUUGGACAAGAAACAUAGAGUCCGCACUGCGUUUGGUAACGGCCUGCGCCCCGAUGUCUGGGCCGAGUUCAAGGAGCGGUUUGGCAUAGAUGCUAUUGGCGAGUUUUACGCAGCGACCGAGGCGCCACUCGGCACGUUCAACUUUAGCAGAAACGACUUCACCAUGGGUGCUGUGGGAAGGAAUGGAUGGCUUUACGACGCUGUCAUGUCUUUUGGGGGUGACGCAUGGUUCCGCACUGGCGAUCUCGUCAUCUGGGAUAAGGAUGGUCGCGUGUUCUUCGCUGACCGCAUUGGCGACACAUUCAGGUGGAAGAGCGAGAAUGUCUCCACUGCAGAGGUAGGCCAGAUUCUGGGUUCGCACCCAGCGGUCCAUGAAGCCAAUGUCUACGGUGUCCAGCUGCCUCACCACGACGGCCGCGCCGGCUGUGCUGCUAUCGUCGUGGACGGGGUUGAUCCGUCGAAAGUUGACCUGGAUACGGUAUACUGGCUGCAGGACCGUGAAUACGUCCCUUUCAGGGAGAAGGACUGGAAAAUGAUUGUGGAAGGCGCUGCAAAGUUGUAG